GGGAUUGGCAGGGCUCCCCAGCCUGCCCAGCUUCCCCCGCCAGCAGAGACCUCCCAACAGCUGCGCCCGCCCGCUGAAAGGAGAUGGCACCCAAGAAGGCGAAGAGGAAGGCAGCCGAAGGCAGCUCCAAUGUCUUCUCUAUGUUUGACCAAACCCAAAUCCAGGAGUUCAAAGAGGCCUUCACCGUCAUUGACCAGAACAGAGAUGGCAUCAUCGACAAGGAAGACCUGAGAGACACAUUUGCUGCCAUGGGGCGCCUGAACGUGAAGAACGAGGAGCUGGACGCCAUGAUUAAGGAAGCCAGCGGCCCCAUCAACUUCACCGUCUUCCUCACCAUGUUUGGGGAGAAGCUCAAGGGUGCUGACCCCGAGGACGUGAUCAUGGGGGCGUUCAAGGUGCUGGACAGCGAGGCCAAAGGCACCAUCAAGAAGCAGUUCCUGGAAGAACUUCUGACCACCCAGUGCGACAGAUUCACCCCGGAAGAGAUCAAGAACAUGUGGUCAGCUUUUCCUCCAGAUGUGGCUGGCAAUGUGGACUACAAGAACAUCUGCUACGUCAUUACACACGGUGAAGACAAAGAAGGGGAGUAAAUCCAGCAGGCCUACCCAAAUUCCCCUGCCCCCCCAUCCAGGGGGCUGGCGCUGUGGGGUCCCAUCCACCCAUACCCCCCAGGUUGGGGGCAUCUCCCCCACAUGACGCCAAAUCAGCUUCAGUUUUGGACCCCCAAACUGCAGAUGCCACUCUUAUUUAUUGUGAUUUUGGGGUGGGGAGCUGGGAUCCCACAACCUUGCCCUUCCCCACCCUGCAGCCAGAGUCUUAAGAAACUGAUCAGGACCCGUGUCAAGAAUUGAGAAAAAAAAAGUCUCAAUAAAGAUGAGGAAACCUGUUUUUAACUC